AUGGACUUCAACAUUAAAAAGAUGGCCAGCGACGCGAGUGGCUUUUUCAGCCGAGCGAAACAGUACACCGAAGAAACCUUCCUCAAAGCCGAGAAAACCGAGCUCGACCCGCACUUCGAGGCGUUAUUAGUCCGAGCCGACAAAACGGAGGAACACACACGGAAACUACUCGGAUGUAUCGAAAGCUAUCUACAGCCGAACCCAACUGUCCGAAUGGAGGAAGUUUUCUACGAGAAACUGGAGCUUCGAAAAGAUGGUGGCCGCCAGAACAAUUUGGAGCACCUAGCGCAAGCUAUGCAGGAGGCCGGCGAGGAAUUCGGGCCUUCAACGCCAUAUGGCAGCGCCCUCACCAAAGUUGCACACACGGAGCAGAAGCUCGGCCAGACCGAACGCGAAUUCGUCGCCCAAUCCGCCAGCCACACGCUUCUCCCAAUCAGAAGAUUCCUCGAAGGAGACAUGCGAACAAUCCAG